UUUCGUAACAGCGCGGGGCGGCAGUGCGCGGGCCCGAGCGGGGGAUGUCGGUGGAGGCGGAGGGGCCGGAGCUGGCGGGCGAUGGCGGGUCAGAUGUUUUUGAAAUUGUUCUCCCAAUCACUAUCUUUGUGCUGAAUGAUGAUGAUUUUCUCCAAGAUGAAAGUGAAGAGCAGGCAACAUUGUUUCCUGGGCUGAAGGAAAAGGACAAGCAGGAGGCUAACUUAGAUAAUAGUUUUUUAAAAAGCAAUCUGAUACCUUCAAAUGAAAACAAUAGUUUACAGAGUUGGGAAGAAAAGACUCUUUCAAAUAAGGAUGAGCAUAUAAAAUACUUCGAAGAAAAACGGGUUGCGCAAAGUGUGUGUGACAAAUCAACAUCAGCAUUCUUUUCUUUAGGUGAUAAGUGUGGUCUAAGCAAGGAUAAAUACAAUCAAAAUUAUGUAUUGCCUACAUCAACUUGCAGAAUGGACCCUGCAGAGAUAAAUGAAACCAGUGACAGCCAGGAAUGUGGUGGUGAUGAUGACAGUUUUCAGAAGAUUCCUCUUGUCUUCUCUGCUGGCAGUGAGGGCAGAGAUGAGACCAUCAAUACAGAGCUGACAUUAGCAGCAACAUCCAAAAACAAAGAUGGAAUUUCCAAUACUGCAAGCAUUCUUUCUGAUGACUGUCAAGAGAAACAACUAGAAAUCCACACAAAGAUGGAGACAGCUGUUGAAACAGAUGAUACUGAUUCUUCAAAACAUAGAAAUAAUGAAGUUAACAGAACAAGAAAGAGCAGCAAAUCUGAAGAUGAAACUCAGAAUUCUCUUUUGGAGUAUGACUUGAGAGAAGAACUGAAGCUUACCUUUAGUAGUUCUGCUCCAAUUAUUAAUGGAUUUUCUCCUAAUUCGGAAGAAUUGCUAAAAGAUAUAGGGACAGUGGAGAUGAAUGCUUCUCUUUGUGCUGAAUCAAAUGCUUCUGGAGAGCAUAUUUAUCAGUUGUUAACUCCAUUUUCUAAGAAAACAGAUCAGCAACAAAAUCUAAUUUCUCCUCUUGCAAGCCCAAAAGAAUUACAAGGCCAGCAAGAAGGUUUUUCAUGGCUAAGUAGCAGUGUGAGCAUAAAACCUCUUUCUAAGGGAUCUUGUUCUAUAAAUAAGCAUGAAAAGUUAAAUUUGAAAUGCAGGUUUUGUAGUUCUGUAUAUAAAUGUACUGCACUUCUAAGGAAGCAUGUUUACUCAGCUCAUAAAGAUAAAAAGAAAUAUAAAUGCUGCUUUUGUAAAAGAGCCUUCUUCUUUUCUGCCAAUCUUAAACAUCACCUUAAGCUUCAUAAGAAAAUUACCAGGUUGCAAAAGGCAAGAAGAAAUAAAAUGAAUGCUAGAAAAAGAAGGCAUAGAAGAACUGAAGAAAGAAAAUCUGAAAUCAAGAAAAGGGAAAGUAAGUACAAGAAGUUUUUCAUCAAAAUUGAAAGGGACUUUACCCCUCUGGGUGUUCCUGUUAUUUUUUCCUGUAAAAUUUGUUUCUUUGCUUCAUCAAGUCCUAGGAUUUUUAUCCAUCACAUGAAGGGGCAUAAAGAGAGACCACCAUACCAGUGUCCUCAGUGUGAUUAUUCCUGCAUUAGCUUAUCCUAUAUGUUAAAUCACAUGUACUGGCAUGCUGGGUAUAAGCUGUAUAAGUGCAGGUUCUGCACCUUUUUUUCAUUGUAUUUUGCAAGCAUGGUAAGGCAUAGUUAUAUCCAUGCAGGAGCUAAGCCAUAUACCUGUGAGUUCUGCCAGUCAGCAUUCACAAGCACCAGUGGAUUAAGGAGACACAGAAGAUUACAUGCUGGCAAGGAAAAAUGCAAAGGGCAGCAACUCAUUGAAUUUGUAAGUGCAAGAAAGAGAACCCGAAGACCUUUAAAGACUUACGCAUGUGAUGAGUGUAACAUAGUGUUUUAUAGUAGGGGACAUCUCAACUUUCACAAGAAAUUUCAUGAACAGACUAAUGGUUAUAUGGAUCAGGGUACUGAAUAUCAUGAAAGCAAAAUACAUGAAGGUGACAGUGAUUCCCGGGACUGCGUUUCUCUCUCUAUUUCUGAGAAAGACAAUGGUCAUCCAACUAGAGGUAUGUGUAAAAUGCUGGUUUCAGAAUUAGACUUUAUGCAGGCAGAUGACAUGGACAAUAAGAAAAUGUGCUCUGGAGAGAAAUUCCCUGAAAACAGCUAUGGAAGCAACAGUUUGCCUGCUACAGAGAAUGGAUCAGAAGUUCUUGCAGAGUUAUAUGCAGCAGACACUAUGAUUUGCAAAGAGGAACCUCUUUUCAGCCCUAAGGCCACUCAUGCACAAGUUAGAGAUGAUAAUGAGGAUGAUACAUACCAUAAAUUUGUAGAAAACUUUAAGGAUACAUGGCCUUCCAAUUUGUCUUCAUUCAAAAUGUACAAGUGUAAACAGUGUGAUUAUGCUACUGCUGCUUGUAGUGACCUUAAGCUGCACCUAAGAAUACAUAGACAUGAAAGACCAUUUGAGUGUAAAGAAUGCAGUAAGACAUCUAGAACUUCAAGCCAUUUGCAGAGACAUAGCUGUCUUCAUGUAAAGAAUCAAUAUGAGUUUGGCCAUUGCCUCUGUGUAGAUAGUCAUUUAGAGGAUCUUGAAUUGCAUCAUGAAAGGCACGUAGGUGUGUGUCCUGAAAGAGACUUUGGUUCCUCAGAAGGUUUAAGCAGUGUCCAUUCCUUGCUUUGUUUGGAAGCAUGUGGAGAACAGACAGGAGUCCAGAGGAGCAAAGAAAGUGAUUUGGCAGCACAAAGUCAGCCACAGUUCUAUCAGUGUGCGGAGUGUGAGUACACAACUUACAUUCUAAGCAACCUUAAGCUACACGUAAGAACUCACACAGGUGAGAAACCUUACAGCUGCAAUGUCUGUCAAAAGAACUUCCGUACUUCCAGUCACCUGAAACGACACAGGAUGGUGCAUUUUAAUGCGGAGCGUCUCAAAUGCAGGAACUGUGACUAUUCAACAGACAAAUGGCUAUCCUUGAAACGACAUCUGGCUUCACACUCUGAUAAGGAAAUCUCAUCCAUUGGUAACCUGUAUGAACAAAAGGCACUAUCUGUCAAAACAUACACGUGUGAAGAGUGUGGCUAUACCACAGUCCACCAUGGAAACUUUAAGCAGCACUUGAGAAUUCAUACAGGGGAGAAGCCAUUCAAGUGUAGUCAGUGUACUAUUUCUUUCCGCACAUCUAGCCAUCUGAAGCGCCACCUGCUAACUCAUCUAAAACUGCACUGCCAAAGGUGUGCCUUCUCUACAAUAGAUAGAUAUGCAAUGCAAAAACAUGUAAAAACGCAUAAGGAUAAAAAAAUGUACAAGUGUAAAAAGUGCAGUGUCACAUUUCCUACCAAAAAGCUUCUGGAAAAGCAUAAACGGCAACAUUUAAGAGCUGGGACAUAAACAUGGAUUUUUGCAGGCUGGGUCUCAAUUCUGGAGAGCUUUGCAUGUUUUGAAUUUAUUCAUUGUUUUGCAUUAUCCCCUGUCCCCAGAAUGAUGGCUGGUAGUGGAUGUUUUGGUCCAGAGAAUGAAAUCAAGAUUGUCUUGCUCCUGGCUCUUUUGAGAGCUUCUGUUCCAGCAAAGGUUGUGCUAAAAAAGUUCCUAGAGGCGCACUUUCGUACUUGAGCAGUUUUUCUGUUCUCUGAGGUCAGAGCUAUGAUUUGCCCUAUGCUCAUCAGUUGAAACAUGCUCAUAAAAGGGUCAUCUUAUUCAGUGUCACCUUUUUAUCUUUUUGGCUUUUUUUUUGUUAGCUAAACUGGACUCUUGUUUAGCUGAAAGAAUGUUUAAAGGGAGAGGAGCGCCAAUUAUAUUGCAAAGUAGUAACUUUUGGAUUAAAAAUGACAAUAUGGUUGGAGGCUUACUGCCACCUCCCUUCUGCUGAAAGUUCCAUUCCCUCCUGCAGGGCUCUCGUGCAAAAACUGCAAGAGAACAAAUUAGAAGGUAUUUCACAAUAUUGUAGAAACAAAGAUGUGUGUAAUCACUGGGAUAUGAAAGUCUAUGUAUAUAUAUGUAUAUUAAUAUAAAGGUUAUUAGACACUCUUCUCUGUAAUUGCCCUUGAUAAUUCUUUGAGUAGACUGACAAAAUGGUAAUGUUGCCCAUUAAUCAGAUCUUCUAAAAUACUGAGAAACCUCAAAUCCAUCUUCAUGAAUUUUAUAGGGAUGCCUAAUAUUAAUCUAGUAUGAAAUGCCUUAUCUUUUCUCAGGCUGGUAAAUGUAGUAACUGUGCUCUUUAGAGGGGAAAAAAAAAUCAUAGUGUCUGUUUUGAGAAUAUCUCCAUUAAUUCAGCCACUUCCUUACACAUUGCAAAUACUACCUGGAUUACAUUGGAAACUUCAGAAAUACCUUGAACUGUAAAACUUAUUUUGUUAAUUUAAGAGCUUUACUUAAAUGAAAUGAAGAGCCUCUGAAAUGAUAUAUAUAAUGACAUAUACCAAACUAGUUGUUAUAUAAUAGAAAUACAGUAUGGUGAAGAAUGAGAGAUGGAUUUUUCCUCUAUUUUGUAGUCAAGCUUGUUUUGAGUUACACUCUGAUGGAAACAGUAUGGAAAACAUUACCUAUAUGUUCAAUGGUAUUUAUAACAGCAGUGUUGUCUUCUUGUGUGGAGGAAAAAAAUGGCAAGGGAUUGAUGUUAAUUGUCCUUUAAUGUUAUAGUUCAGUCCAUGAAACCUUAGAGUAAGCUUGUAGCUUAAUUUAGAGAAUGUUAACAUGAAAUAUUACUGUUCUGUUACUGUUCUGAAAUUCAUGCUUUUCUUCGUUUAUAUAGAUGAUACCUUGCAGAGGCUCUUUGGCAAUGUUGAAAAGCAACUUUCCAGAAGAGUAGACUGAAACUUAUCAACAGAUGCAUGCAUUUAAGGCCAGAUCAACAAAGAAAUUUAAAUAAUCUCGUUCUUGGUUUCAGUGGAAUCAGGCAGUUAUAUGUCAGUGACCAUGAACCUUAAUGAUGUUACAGAUGUUUUGACUAUAAGCUGGGAAGUCAUCAUUUCAAAAUGAAAGAAUAAAGAUUCAGAUUUUAAAAUGACUGCGCUAAGAACUA